CUAGCUUCUCUCAUCACAUCACGAUCGGGUUUUAGGGUUUUAGCGGUUGCUCUCUGGGAAAAGCAGAGAAGAGUGAAGAAUUCGAAUUCCUCUGCGUCUUUUGAAAUCAGGGGUUGAAAAUGGUGGCGGACAAGAGCAAAAAGGCGAAAAUUGAAGAAGAAAACGUCGAGCAACUCGAUACAGAGCUUGUCCUCUCAAUUGAAAAGCUUCAGGAGAUCCAAGACGACCUCGAGAAGAUUAACGAGAAGGCUAGUGAUGAAGUGUUGGAAGUGGAGCAGAAAUAUAAUGUGAUAAGGAAACCUGUUUAUGACAAGCGUAACGAGAUUAUUAAAGCCAUCCCUGAUUUCUGGUUGACUGCUUUCUUGAGUCACCCUGCUCUAGGUGAACUUUUGACAGAAGAAGACCAAAAGAUUUUCAAAUAUCUUAGCUCUCUGGAUGUUGAGGAUGCUAAAGAUGUGAAAUCCGGAUACUCGAUCACUUUUUACUUCAAUCCCAAUCCAUUUUUUGAGGAUGGAAAACUAACAAAGACUUUUACCUUCCUCGAAGAAGGGACAACAAAGAUUACAGCCACCCCUAUCAAAUGGAAAGAGGGCAAAGGCUUGUCAAAUGGAGCAAAUCACGAGAAGAAUGGAAACAAACGUGGAUUACCUGAAGAGAGCUUUUUUACCUGGUUUAGUGAUGCUCAAAACAAGGAGGACGUUGAGGUUGAGAUGCAUGACGAGCAGGUUGCCGAUAUCAUCAAGGAAGAUCUGUGGCCCAACCCUCUCAACUACUUCAACAAUGAUGCUGAUGAAGAGGACUUUGAUGGAGACGAUGAUGGAGACGAUGAGGGGAAAGAAGGUGACUCUGAUGAAGAUGAAUACGAAGAAGCUGAGGAAUGAUGGGAAAGUUCCCCAGAAACCACAUUUGCUUACAUGUCUUCUCUAUAACAGAAUGUGUAAAGUUUUGUGUGUUGAAAGGUUUUUAAUUCAAAGCAAAAUGGAUUAUGACGACAACAGACAAAGUUUUUUCUAUUUUACCAUAAUAGUUACAUCUUGUUGUAUGAACCCAUCUUCAGCCUUUUGUUGCAGAAUCUUGCUUAAAUGGUUUCUAAGUCUUACCUAGCUU